GUUCACUACGAAUACUUGGAGCAAGACUUUGUGAAGACGCAGGCGGAGCUAUCCAAGAAAAAAAGUGUGGUAGUGUAAGUUUCUUGGAGGAAUAGCAUCACAAGUUUGCUCUGCAGGACACAGAAAUAAACCUGUUAUGCGUGGCUACGACUUGAGAACACGUACGAAAAUAGCCUCUGAUUCAUGUCCAGCAUGACAAGUGAAACAGUUUUGCAUUCGCUGCAACACAAAGGCACACUUAGACAGUUUUUUUCUUGGAUAGGAGCUGGCCCGAGACCAGGAGCGCAACAGUGCGGACGGACGCAUCCCACUGGUUCAUUUGACAAGCAAGGACGAACGAAAAGCUAUCAAAGUGAAAAAUCCCCACUCCCCAUAUCAAAAUCGAAAUCUGUGAUGCGGGAUUUAUGUGCACAAAUCCAAUCUGUCUAG